CCAGCCGGGAUUACCUGGCGUGCUUCGGCGUUUGGCGUCAUUCCGAAAACAUACCGCAAGCCAAUCAGCGGCAACCUUGCUCUUCGGGGCGGCUGUUCGUUGGUUGAUAUGCCAGAGCCUGUUCUGUUGUCUGUAUUGGCUAUUGCCGCUGUCAGUCAGGGCCGUGGGUCGAACCUUCACCUACUCUUUGUCUGUACAAGCUCUUGUUGUCUGGGAGAGCGGCGGAGGCGCUGCUGUGGAUUGGUCACAGGGAGAAACCUCUGAUCUGUUCCUAUUGGCCCGUCCGUCAAGGGACGAUGAUGAUUGGUAGGGCAGAGCAAUCUGAGUCCUAGUUGGUGGAGUUCUGCCCGGAUGGAAGCUCCGGCCGCGGAGUGAUGGUGGCCUCAGCGAAGAUGGGCCGGGCAGGGACCAUGGCGGUGGCAGCAGAGGUGGCAGGGGCGGGGCGGCUGGCGGUAGAGGAGGCUGUGGUCCUCAGGGGGCUGUAGGUGGAGGUAUGGCUCGGGCCAGCAGCGGGAACGGCAGCGAGGAGGCCUGGGGGGCACUUCGGGCGCCGCAACAGCAGAGUCCGGCAGCGUCUUCUCUUGAGGGAGCAAUUUGGAGAAGAGCUGGAACCCAGACUCGCGCCCUGGAUGCCAUCCUUUAUCAUCCACAGCAAUCCCAUCUGCCCUUCAGAUAUUUCAACACUCCUCUCAGCAUCCUCCACUUCCCCCAUCUCUCCAAGCUGAACUUGGUUCACAGGCUUCGAGAGCUGUGCCCAGGAGUGAACAACCAGCCCUACCUCUGUGAGAGUGGUCACUGCUGCGGGGAGACUGGCUGCUGCACCUACUACUAUGAGCUCUGGUGGUUCUGGCUGCUCUGGACUGUCCUCAUCCUCUUUAGCUGCUGUUGCGCCUUCCGCCACCGACGAGCUAAACUCAGGCUGCAACAACAGCAGCGGCAGCGUGAAAUCAACUUGUUGGCCUAUCAUGGGGCAUGCCAUGGGGCUGGUCCUUUCCCUACCGGUUCACUGCUUGACCUUCGCCUCCUCAGCACCUUCAAGCCCCCAGCCUACGAGGAUGUGGUUCACCGCCCAGGCACACCACCCCCCCCUUAUACUGUGGCCCCAGGCCGCCCCUUGACUGCUUCCAGUGAACAAACCUGCUGUUCCUCCUCAUCCAGCUGCCCUGCCCACUUUGAAGGAACAAAUGUGGAAGGUGUUUCCUCCCACCACAGUGCCCCCCCUCAUCAGGAGGGUGAGCCUGGGGCAGGGGUCACCCCUGCCCCCACACCCCCCUCCUGCCGCUAUCGCCGUUUAACUGGCGACUCCGGUAUUGAGCUCUGCCCUUGUCCUGCCUCCGGUGAGGGUGAGCCAGUCAAGGAGGUUAGGGUUAGUGCCACCCUGCCAGAUCUGGAGGACUACUCCCCGUGUGCACUGCCCCCAGAUUCUGUACCGCAGGUCUUUCCCAUGGGUCUGUCUUCCAGUGAAGGGGACAUCCCAUAAGUAGUUUUGAGAGGGUGGAUGGGUUACUUGCCCACCAGAAACAGCCCUAGUCCCAACUCCUUGCGUUCCUUUUGGCCCCUCCCUGCCUACCUAGAAUCUGCCUGAAAGGGCUGGAGCCCUGAGGAGAGGGGCAGUAUUGGGGGACUGUGCUAGCUUUACCCCCGCAAGACAUACACAGGAGCCUUUGAUCUCAUUAAAGAGAUGUGAACCA